AUGUCCAUCGAAUACCAUUCUCUCGGCGACUUCAAGCUCCAAAGCGGCAUCGUCCUACCAAACGCUCAAAUCGCCUACAAAACAUUCGGCAACAAAUCCUCCCCCGCCGUUCUCUACCCAUCAUGGUUCUCCGGCGCAAUCGAAGAUAAUGAAUGGCUCAUCGGCGAAGAUAAAACUCUCAAUCCGAAAAAGUAUUUCAUCAUCAUAACAGCUCUUUUCGGAAAUGGCCAAUCUACUAGCCCCUCAAACACUGACAUCAGUCGCUUUCCUGAUGUUUCUUUCUACGAUAAUGUUCGUGCUCAGCGUGAACUUAUGAAUCAUCUUGGUAUUAAGCAUCUUCGUGCUGUGCUGGGUUGGUCGAUGGGUGCUGCGCAGAGUUUUCAGUGGGCUACGCAAUAUCCUGAUUUCAUGGACAUUGUCGUUCCAUUCUGUGGCUCAGCGAGAACAUCUCUUCACAACCAAGUCUUCCUCGAGGGUGUGAAAUCAGCUCUCAUCGCAGCCAAGGGUAAAUCUUCAGCUGGUUCUUGCCAGACUGGAGUCAACGACACAAAAUGGACCGACAAGGAGAAAGAAGUUGGUCUAAAGGCUUUCGGUCGAGGAUACGCAGGUUGGGGUUUCUCGCAGGCCUUUUACAGAGAAGAGCUUUUCAAGAAAUUCUACGGCGCGCCUGAUCUCGAGACAUUCAUGAAAGAAUUCUGGGAAUCUUGGGCGUUGAGCAAAGAUCCUGAGAAUUUACUCGUCAUGCUUCAAACGUGGCAGAGCGGCGACGUAAGCAAACAAGAGCCGUACAAUGGGAACUUUGAGAAGUCGAUGGGUGCUAUCAAGGCGAGGAUUCUUGUUCUUCCUAGCAAGACUGAUCUUUACUUUCCGCCUGAGGAUUCGGAAUAUGAAGUCAAGUGUAUGGGAAGUAAUGCUGAACUUGAUGUUUAUCCUUCUAUUUGGGGUCAUUGGGCUGGUGGACCGCCUGGGAAUAUGGAGGAUGUCAAGUGGUUGGAUGAGAGAUUGAGAAAGAUUUUUGACGAGGCGCCAGUUCUCAACUAG